GGGAGGAGGAGCCUGGGCUCCCGAGCCGCGCAAGCGGCCCUCGUUCCCACCAAGGGGCACUGACCACUCUGCGCCCGCAGGCCUGGCGGGAGUCGCAGGGCUAGGGCUCACCCGGCUACCCUCGCAGGCGAGCUUCAUCUCUGGGCUUCUGCAUCCGAGCGGAAAGGUCGGGGACGCCCGCCAAGCCGUGAAGCGGGUGGCCUGAAGUCCCGGCGCCGCAGGAGAGCCGGCAGUCUUCCUGCGCAGGCGCUCUGCUCAGCUGGGAGGGGCGGGGCCUGGACGGGUCGGGGGGUGGAGUCAGCUCCUGGGCCCGCCUCCACCAGCUCCCGAGAGCUGCAGAGUGCUGGGCACCCGGGCUAUUCUAGGGGCUUCAGGUGAGCAGGGGGAACGGGUCAGGAGACCUCCCUUGAGGUGGGGCCGUCGGUCUGACUGCGGGUCCAUCUGUCCUGCCGUCUGCCAACAGCCGCCUCUGCGGAGAAUGGGAGAACAAAGGGAGGGGGCGGUUCUGGGGCCCCUGAGGGAAUCCAGGGUCCCAGGGCCCCCGCCUUGCCCGCUGACACUUUCGGUUUCUCCCCGAGUCAGAAGCGCUGCCCUGGAGACCCUGGGCCGGCGCUGGGCGCAGCUGCCGCUCUGCGUUUGCCUGUCCAUCUUUGUGUCUGUCUUUGUGUCUGUCUGGCUGUCUCCGAGCUUGCCUCCACUUCUAGAACUAAGCCUCCGGGACAGCGACAUCCCGCGAACCCUCGCCCUCCUCCCAUGGCAGGCUACUUGCCCCCCACAGGCUACGCCCCUUCGCCCCCACCUCCCUACCCUGUGACCGCUGGGUACCCGGAGCCGACGCUGCAUCCUGGGCCCGGGCCGGGGCAGGCACCAAUGCCCGCCCACGUGCCUACCCCUGCGCCCGGCUUUGCUGUCUUCCCCUCGCCCGGCCCUGGGGCCCCGGGACCAGCUGCCCCCUUUUUGCCACUGCCAGGGGUGCCUUUUGGCCUCGAAUUCCUGGCGCAGAUUGAUCAGAUCUUGAUUCACCAGAAGGCUGAGCGGGUGGAAGCGCUCCUGGGCUGGGAGACCUGUAACCGCUACGAACUGCGCUCGGGAGCCGGACAGCCCCUGGGUCAGGCGGCAGAGGAGAGCAACUGCUGUGCGCGGCUAUGCUGUGGCGCCCGCCGGCCCCUGCGUGUGCGCCUGGUGGACCCCGGGGACAGAGAGAUGGAAGUACAGGCUCCACCAGGCACCACCAUUGGCCACGUUCUACAGACCUGGCAUCCCUUCCUCCCCAAGUUCUCCAUCCAAGACGCUGACCGCCAGACCGUCCUGCGAGUGGUGGGGCCCUGCUGGACCUGUGGCUGUGGCACAGACACCAACUUUGAGGUGAAGACUCCAGAUGAAUCCCGCAGUGUGGGCCGCAUCAGCAAGCAGUGGGGUGGGCUGCUCCGAGAAGCCCUCACCGAUGCAGAUGACUUCGGCCUGCAGUUCCCACUGGACCUGGAUGUGAGGGUGAAGGCUGUGCUGCUGGGAGCCACGUUCCUCAUUGACUACAUGUUCUUCGAGAAGCGAGGAGGCGCUGGGCCCUCUGCCAUCACCAGUUAGAGGCCACCUCGGGGUGAGGAGACCAUCAUCUCAACCAGAAUUCAAGAUGGUCACCUGCCCCGGCCCCGCCUCAGAGGCAGCCCCUUUCCCUCCAUGUGCACUGCAGGGGAGAGACAGGGCUGCCUGAGAGGCUGGAGGCUU